GGCUGUCCGCGUGCAGCCGAGAGCUAAUAAAGCUAUUUUGAAAGUGACCCCGCGGCCCCGGCCCCGGGAGCGAGCAAGCGCCGCGCCGCCGGGAGCAGCUGUCUGGCUCCGGAAUCAUGACUGAAGAUGACGGAUUCCGUGGUGGUGGAGGGUCAUGUCAAAUUGAGAGAUGGAAAAAAGUGGAAGAAUAGGUGGCUGGUGCUGCGCAAACCCUCCCCGGUAGCAGAGACAGCACAGCCUGCUGGGAAGGGAAUCUGCACCCUGUGGAUGGGGCUGGGGUGCAUUUCUGUAUCAAGGACAAAGGAGGUGGUAAGCUGCACUAAUCUUCCUUGUGGAUCCCGAUACGUUUGUGAAAUGCACUCCUCCAGUGAGACCUUGAGAUUAAUUUCAUUUAUGGUUCGAUAUGUUCUAAUGAACAUAAGAACAGCCAUACGAGUUCAGACCAAUGAAAUUAAGGAAAUUGCUGGUUAUGACAUGAAGCACAUGGAAAACCGUAUGCAUGUCUAUAAACGAGCCAAAGGACAUAAGGAGAGGAGCAGCGUGACCUUAGAAGACAUCUGUGGCCUGGAUCCUGGGCUCUCCUAUGAGGGCUUAAAUCACACACUUGCUAUCAUCUGUCUAUCUCAAGUCGUGAUGCUGGGAUUUGACAACAAGGAAACUAUGUAUGCAUGGGAUGUACGGAUUCGGUACAGUUUGGGGGAAGUUCACAGGUUUCAUGUUGCUGUAGCACCUGGCACUAAGCUGGAGAGUGGACCGGCUACUCUUCACUUCUGCAAUGACAUUCUAGUCCUUGUAAAAGACCUUCCACCCACCGUCAUGGGGCAAUGGAAGCUCUCGGAUUUGCGCCGAUAUGGAGCGGUCCCUAAUGGAUUCAUCUUUGAAGGGGGCACCAGGGGCUGGUGUCUUUUUCCUUUCUUGUGCCGAAGGAGAGCAGAUCAGCUUUCUGUUCGACUGUAUCGUUCGUGGCAUCUCCCCGACGAAAGGCCCUUUUGGGUUGCGUCCAGUCCUACCAGGUUAAUAUAGGAAGUAUAGAGUAACCGUGCAAAGUAGGAACUUGCCCUGUCUAGCACUUAUUGCUCAGAUUGGAAUUACAGCUUGCAGACACUUGCUGGGCAUGGAAAGUGCAAAGUGAUUUUCAUUCUGAAAUGUCACAGUACAGAUUUAUCAGUUGAAUGUCCCAGUUUCCCUUGCUGCUCUAGCUCAUUCAUAUUUCUGCUGCUGCUGGCCUUUGCCUGGUCUUAUCUAACUGUACCAAAAUAUAAUAUUCUGAAUAGAGAUGGGCCCAAACCAAAUCUGGGGUUUGAAUAGUUCCAGUUUGAACCUAGAUCCAUAUCUGAAUCUGGCUGCUGGUUGUAAUAUUGAAAAUUUGCUGAGCCAAACCCCUAGAAUACUAAUUUUGGGGCUAGAUGACAUCUGAAGCCCAUUCCAAAGCCCCCUGAAAUCAUUGGAAAAACUCCCAAUGAACUUCUAGUGCUUUGGACCAGGCCCCUAUAUCCUGAUCUCAAUCUUGCAGGUCAGGCUUUUCUCUGGUGAGUAAGGAUUAAAUUCCUUUUUCUGUUUUGUGGUACAUGCUGCAUGCACUGUAGUGUUCAGAGAAGAAAUUAGAUGUGAUCUUGCAGGAGUUCUAUGGCCUUUUGGUUUUAGUA